AUGGCAGUGUCUCCAAGUGCAGCUUUAGCGGCUCAAUUUCAUUGUUCUUCGUCAUUCUCUUCUGUUGGACGAAGUUCAAGAAGAUCUCUUAGAGUUAAUGCACUAUUUGGUGGAAAGAAAGAUAGCAAUGAGAAGAGUGAAGAUGGCUCAAAGGCAGGGAUAUUAGGAAACAUGCAAAAUUUAUACGAGACUGUAAAGAAGGCUCAGAUGGUUGUCCAAGUUGAGGCAGUACGAGUACAGAAAGAACUUGCUGCAGCUGAAUUUGAUGGUUAUUGCGAAGGCGAGCUAAUAAAGGCAACACUUUCGGGAAAUCAACAACCUGUGCGUAUCGAGAUAACUGAAGCCGCAAUGGAGUUAGGAGCCGAAAAACUGUCUCUUUUGGUGACCGAGGCGUAUCAGAAUGCACACCAGAAGAGUGUUUUGGCCAUGCAAGAGAGAAUGAGUAAUCUUGCUCAGAGCUUAGGAAUGCCACCCGGUUUAAGCGAGGGGCUGAAGUGA